AGGUCUCGGCCGCCCUUUUGUUUUCCCCCCCCUCCCCUGACCUCCUUAGGCCUCUCUCGACCCUGGCCCCGUCUUGGCGGGCGCUCGGCUGCCGCGGGCGCCAUGGCGGAGUAUGUGGAGCAGGCCAUGCAGGAAAUGGUGCCAGAGCUCGACGACCUGAGGAGGAAACGGAUCUUCGACGAUGAAGAGAUCAGGCACAUCGUCAGGCGACGGCGGGACUUCGAGUACCAGCUGCACAAGACGCCCAGCAAGCCGCAGGAUUACCUUGGCUACGUCCGCUACGAGGUGGCCCUGGAGUGCCUGCGCGCCAGACGAAGCAAGGCCCUGCACUGGCGCAGGAAGACGCUCAGCGACUUCGCGGGGAUCCGCCGGCUCCACUACAUCUUCACGCGCGGGGUCAAGAAGUUCAAGGGGGACAAGCGCUUCUGGUAUCAGUACGUUGACUUCUGCCUGCGCAGCGGCAGCACGAGGAUCCUGAGCCGGACCCUGAUGCGUGCCCUGAAGCUGCACCCCCGCGAGGUCAACAUGUGGCUGCUCGCGGCUGACCGCGAGCUUAAGCUGGGCCACAUCAAGGCGGCCCGGGCGCUGCUGCUCCGCGGGUUGCGCGCCGUGCCGCGCUCGGCCAAGCUGUGGGGGGAACUCCUGCGGCUGGAGGCGCGGCUGGCCUGUCACCGGCGCGCCGCCCGCGAGGGCGCCGAGGAGGCCGGCGGGAAGGACAUCUGGGCGCCCGCGUGCCUCGUGCUGCGGCGGGCGGCCAAGAAAUUCGAGGGCAGCGCGCAGCCCCUCGCGAGCUUCCUGGCGAUCGCGGUCGCGUGCGAGGGGGAGGCGCUCAAGAAGCUGCCGGGCGAGGAGCGCCCCAACGAGCUCACUGCCGCCCUGCGGGCGGCGCUCGCCGCCGCGCGGCCCACUGCGGGCUCCGACGUUCCGGACGAGGUGGCCGCCGCGAUCUGGGGCCUGUGGUGGAGGGUGGAGCGGCGCGCCGGGGUGAGCUGGGUGGCGAUCGCGGAGGCGGCGGCCCCCGUUGCCCCGGCGCCCGCGCUGGGCGGCCUGGCCAGUGCGCUCGCGCAGGAACGGGGGGGGGGGGCCUACGAGGGCCCCGGGGCAGCGCUGGCGGUGCUCGCCGCGGCCCCGGCAGCCGCCGCCGACGCCGGGGCCGCCGUGGCGGUGCUGGAGGCCGUCGAGCGGCGGAGCGCUGGCGAGGAGCCGCCCCUCGCGACGCGCCUGCGCGAGGCUGCCGCCGGCCUGCUGCGCGGGGCCGCGGAGGCGCACCCGUCGUGCGUGCGGCUGAGGCUGCUCACGCUGCGGGAGCUGCCCGCCGCCGCGGCCGCCGCGGCGGCCGCCGCGGCAGCCGCGGCCGCCGCGCCCGGCGGCCCCGGCGGCGCGGGCCUGGAGCCCCGCCGCGCCCUUCCCUGCUCCGGGAAGCUCGCGAAGAAAGCCGCCGAGGCAGUCAGGCACCCAGACACAGGCCGAGGCCUGCUGUCGCUGGAGUUCGCCAAGGAAUUGAUUCCGAUCAUUUCGCUCAGCCGCUCCGCGGAGUGCGUGGACUCGUGCAUCGUGGCGACCUCGGUGCAGGUCGCGGCCCGGUGUCCGCACCGCGACGGCUGCCCUCGUCGCCAGGCCAAGGUGUUCAAGUACUUAUGGGGCAAUCCUUAUCUGUUUGGCAUUGACAACCUCGUAGCGCUGUCUGACAUACGGGAGAGACACCUGGGCUUCAGCACCGAGUCGCGCGAGACGAUCGGCCUCGCGGCUGCCAGCCCAGGCAUUGUGCCAGAGACCUCUUGGGUGCUGGAGUUGAUCAGGGACCUGAAGGUUCUUUUUGCCGUAGUCGCGGGCUGGGAAAGCCUCGCGGCCAUCAAGAAUAUGCUUCUGGAUCUGGUGUUCGAGUUCCCCGAAGGGGUCGGGGUACUGGGUGGCUACCUGAGUUGGUUUCCAGAUGCCCUUCCAGAGCUCGGUCUGCUCCUGCAUGACCCCUCCAGGGCCAGGCUCUGCAAGUUGUUCGGCUGGCGCAUCGACCCGCUGCCGCUUGCGCUGGAGUCGCCCCGGAUGCUCCUGAUGCUCUGCCCGAAUGCGAUUGAUGUCCUCCAACGCUAUCUGGAACAGCUCUUUGGUAAUGCCUUGAACUUGAGCGUUGAGCGCCACUUUGCGACGUUCAAGCUGCGCAGAGUCCUCAGGUGUGAGUUCAUAGUCACACACGUCCUUGAACAGGCUGUCAAUGUCGAACAGGUCCGUCGCAGCUGCCGUGCCAUCGACCACUUUGUCAAUUGGUAUCUUGACUGGGGCUGCUGCUUCCUUCUCCACGUGAAAGCCACCAGCAGCUCGGGCGAUUUCAGCGACCAGCUUGCGAUACUCCUCAUCCGAAUCAUUGAGUGCCGACUGAACUUCACGCACGACAUUUCUCUGCGGCUCAGCUUGUCUCUCCAGCCGCUCCAGCUUGUCAAGCUCAUCGGACCCUCGGACCUCCGGACCGUCUCGAGCCUCGACCUUCGGGCCCUCGAGGCCUUCGACCUCGGGGCCCUCGAGGCCUUCGACCCUAUCGGGGCCCUCGAGGCCUUCAAGAUGCCAGUCGACCCGGCCGCAGUCGCCUACGCUUUCUCUAUCGGAUCCUUCUGCCUCCUGGCGCGGUCCGCGCCGUCCGCGCCGAUCUGCAGUUGCCAGUGCGACUGCGGGACCCCAGGCUGGUCCACCGCCUCGCUGCUCGACGUCGCCGCGGGGCAGGUCGUGACGGGCUGGUUCGCGGCCCGCUGGUGGAGCCCGUGGCCUGCCGCGCCCAUCCUGGUGCCAGCUGGCGUCGAGGCGCCCCGGCAAUUGACGCUGCCGGCGGUCUGGCACCUGCGCCUCGUCCUCCGCCGCGCCGCGGGCGGCCACGCGGUGCUCAAGCCAGAUGACGACGUGCACGAAAAGCUGCUGGAGGACUACGAAGAUGCGUUGAUUACCUGGCUGGCUGGGCCGCCGCCCCGCUCGCCGCCGCCGAAGGCGGGAUGGAGCCCGCGCCGAUCGCCGAUGCCCGGCGCCGCGCCAGCUGCUGCGGCUGGCGCCUGGGUUGCUGCUGCCGGCGCGGACCGCGGGUUCCACGACACCGAUUCGUUGGCGGCCCACAGUUGCAUCGCGGGAUCCAAGCGAUACGUCGACGAGGAGCAGGGCGAUUUCUGGCGCGGCGAGGAGGUCACCAUCCGCGACGCGGACAUCGCUUUCGGCGCCUCUUGUCAGGCCCUGCUGUGUCGCGACGGGGUGCGGCACCGCCUUUGCCGCGAUCCGCCCGCGCCGCAGCCUGCUGACGAGGGCGAGGCGGCCGUGGCGGAGGACAUUCGCACGGCGGCGGUCGAGUGUAAUGCGCGCGGGGAUCGCACCCGCAGUUUUAUGUCCGCGCGCCACUUGCUGCGCGAGGCGGCGUUGGACGUCGCUUGGCCACUCGCGGGCCCUCGAAUGGUGCAGUGGCUCGUGGAUGUGAAUACUUCCCCCUCCGCGCCAGCCGCCAUGGCUGCCCCGGCGGCGGCGCCCGCGGCCUCCGCGCCCGUCGGCGCGCCGCCCGGCGGCGCCGACCAGGCCGCUGGCGCGGCGGAGCCGCCCGCGGCGGCGGGGGCGCCCAGCGAGGCCGCAGCGGACCCUGCCAUCCUCAGGGGUACGCGCUCACCGCCCAGCGGCGGCGACCCCGGCCGCCAUCUGGCCCAUGAGCUCGGCGAGCUCUGGGCCCGAAAGGCGGCGCAGCGCCCCAUCCAGCCGCCGCUGCAGCUGGCGCCGCUUCCCGCCCGUGGGGGCCCGCAGCAGCGCUGCCAGCUUCUCCGCGCCGCCAGGUGUCGCCACCGCGGCGGCCGCGAGGCCUCUAGCCGCCGGCAGCACCCUCGACGACAACCCUUCGUCAUAUCGCUGGUGUCCGCCCACAAGCGGCGGGGGCUCCCGGCCCCAUACAACGUGGGGCUGGUGUUCCUCGCGGGAUCUGCCGUGCCGGCGCGGGACCCGCUCAGGGCGCCGCCGGGCGGGGCAGAGGCCGCGGGUCACGGUCCCGCGGCGCCGGUGGCCGCAGGGGUGCCGCCCGGCUGCGAGCCGCUGCGGGCCUGGCCCGAGGGGCAGGGCUGGGACCUCGUGGCGCUGCUGCGCGGCGCCAGCGGCGGCCGCCUCCGGGCCCCCCCCGGGCCGUCGCGCUUCCUGCACCCCGGCCUGCGCGUGGAGCCGCGCCCGGGCGGCGGGAGCCGGCUGGUGGCCUCCGCGCCGCUGCGCGCCGGCGAGCUGGCACUCGCGGACGCCCCGCUGCUGGUAGCGCGCUCGGGCGCGGGGCUGGCGGAGGCGCUGCGGAGGUGCGGGCAGGGGGGCGAGCAGGGCACCCUGCGCGCCCUGCGCGCCCUGCUCGGCGCCGAGGCCGCGGGCGGCCCCUCGGGGGGGCCGGCGCCGCUGGCGGCGGCCGAGGCCGAGCGGCUCGCGCAGGCGCUCGCGCGCGAGCUGGAGCCGCCGCCGUGCGACGGGCAGGGCGUCGCGGGAGGGGCCAGCGACGCGGCGCCGGUUCAUGGGCUUUGGCCUCUGGCCUCGCUGCUGGGCCGCGCGUUGAGGCCCAACCUGGUGCGCAGCUUCGUGGGCCACCAGUUGUGCUUCCGGGCGGUGCGCGACGUGUCCGUUGGGGAGGAGCUGCUCGAGUGCCCCAUGGACCCGCGGACACCGCGUCGCAGGAGGCCGGAGUGCCUCGGGGCGCGCAGCGCGGGCGGGGAGUGGGCGGACGACCUGGACGCCUCGGACGUGCUGGUCGCGCAGGUUGGCAAGCAGCUGGCCAAGGCCGAGGCGUUGCUGGAGGGGGGGAAGCUGGAGGCAGCGUUCCGGGUCCUGGCCAAGGCCACCAACGCGUGCAACGCCAGCGGGAAGCGCGACCCCGCAUUCACCCAGAUCUUCCAGGGCUUCGCGCAGGUCGCCGGUUGCCUCCGGGGCGCCGCAGAGGCGCAGCUGGAGGGGCUCGCCAUGGCCCUCGAGCACGCGACGGCGCGCGAGGCCUUCAGCGCCGUCAGCGCGGGCCUGACCGCGGCGCUCCUCGGCGCGGCGCUGGACGCGGGCCUGCUCGGGGAGGAGCGCGGCCGCCUCGAAGCCUUGCCCGAGAGCACGCCGCCAGGGUCUACGGCGCCGCGCCAGGCACCUUCGAGGCCCUGCACCCGCUGCUGGCCUCGAGGCUGGCCACCGGGCAGGCGCCGGCGGAGCCCGCGCUGGCGGAGCCCGCGGCGCCGCAGCCCGCGGCGCCGGAGCUCGCGGCGCCCGAGCCCGCGGCGGCGGAGCCCGCGGCGAAGCGCGCCAGGGCGGAGUGAUGCUGCGUGCCGCGGGUGCUCGCGCUCCCCUGGCGUGCCCGCGGCGGCGUGUGGCCUCCUGGUGGCGAGGGCGCCGGCGGGCGCGCCUCGUGCCUGGCGGGCGGGGCAGUGAGCACCUCGGCCGGGGGGCGGCUGGUCGGGGUGCCGCGAAGGCGGAGUCGGCGGCCCGAGGGGGCAGGCCUUCACGGCGGCGGCGGGGCUGCUCCGAAGCCAGCAUGCCGCCGGGGGCGGGCAUGCGCCGCUCCGUCGCGCCCUCUUGCCGCUCGUCGGGCCGGAAGCAGCAGCCGGGCCCGGCCGCGGCUCCGCGCCUCCCUGGCUCGGGCGCGAACGCCCAGGGCGACCAGCGGUGAAGCGCCCAGGAGGUCGACGAGCUGACGGUCCACCUCGGGCGGCCCGCCUUCCCCCGCCACGUCACGCCCUGGCGCGCGGCGGCGAGACCACGGUGGCACCGCGGGGCAGCCGCGGCCCGCGGCGAGUGC